GCAUUUGUUCCACAGUAAAGAAAAAUGGGUUCAGGUUUUUAUGAACAGUUAAAGCUGGAAAUAAUACUAAAUUUUAGUGAAAAGAAUUGAAAGCAAGACUGACUUGUUGGAAACUAAACUUCCAUUAAUAACCUUUUUGUUCCUUUUGGACAGAGCCCUAAGGACACUUGUUUAUGACAGAAGAAAGGCAUUGCUCUAGCAGCAGUUUUGACUAUGAUAAAAUUAACAGAUAUUUCAUGGAAUGUCUGUGUAGCUUCUGUCCACUGGUGCAGGUCUUUAGUAACAUCACUGUUAAUUUCCCAAUAUGUUCCUAGAUAUUUUUCAAUUCCCCAAGGGUUUGUAUCACCUCAAGAGUGUAACAAUAGUGGGGGGAAAAGGCUGUCCAAAGGACUUUAUGUUUCUCCUUAUCUUGCUGUUUCAGCAUUACUUGAAUCUCUGGCCAGCAACUAAUUUUCUGCACUGGAAGACAAGAAGGAAACAGCAGUUGUUAACAAGUAUCUUCAUAUAUUACUCUGAAACAAAUAUAGUACUUCCUCACAUUAAUACUUUCUUAAUCUCACUUUGUCAUGUGACUAAACUUUCUGCUGCCUCAAGAAAGAAAUGUCUUGGUAUUUAUGAGAAUCGUUCAUAGGAGUGUCUCUAUCUUAAAAAGUAGUUUCUCUAAUGACAAUGAUUGCAAGAAGAUUAAGAGAAUGGCAGGCAUGGAAAUGACUCCAUAACCCCCAGUACCUUGGUUUCAGAGUCCCACUGAAAAUGUGGAAGAUGGCAUUAGUUACCCCCAGUUGAUGCCUCAAGCUUUGACCUGUCUUAAAAUGAAUAAAUAGUUAAAAAAACCCUCCAAACCCCAAACAAAAAACCAAAAGAAAUCUCCACAGGUUCUCCUCCCCCAUCUAUUUGGAAAUGUGGCCUUAGCCCAAAGAUUUCUGAAGACAACAAUUAUAAUUCUGCAUUUACAACUGGAGCUAUUGUGUAACAAAAAAGCUGUGUUUUGUACAUGGAUUAAAGCUAGCAUAACGUGAAACUUCAAAGUUUAGAUUGUCCUCUGAGCAAUCCAGUUGAGAUAGAAGCAUUUAUAGUAAUGUAGGAGUUUGUUAUUUCAGUGAAUCUGUCAUUACUUUUGUCAUUGUUUUAUAGGAUGUAUUGUAGUUCAUUCUGGUCUCACAGUUUAAAUUGCAGAUGGAGAAUUAUGUCAUUUGAAUUUUGUUCCUGGUAGAUAAGCCAUGCCUGUCUCAGCUGAUGAAACUGGGGGGGACCCAGCUAUGGGAGAUACAGGUCAAACUCCAGCUGGAACUGAAGGACUACAAGAAUCAUCAACUGCCCAGAAUGUGAAAGCUCGACAAGCUGUGUCACGGAUCAGUCGAGAGGAACUGGAAGACAGAUUUCUUCGGAUAAGCGACGACCACAUCCUACUCAAGCAGCAUGCAAACAAGCAGGAGGAAAAAAUUAAAAGAAUGACCACCAAAUUAAUGCGGCUUGUUAAUGAUAAAAGAAAAUCUGAUCAGGUUGGUGGUGGGCCCAGGCGGCUGGGUCAGGCUCUGGAGCUGGAGGAGACGAUUGAGCAUUUGCAAGAAAGAGUUCGUGAGCUCGAGAAACAAAACGAGAACCUGCGCAACAAACUCAUUUCAACCAAACAGCAGCUGCAGAUCCAAGGCCACAGGCCUUGUCCCUACGGCCACGUUCAAUCUCGUGUCAACACCGGGCUCAAAAAAGGGAAUGAGGCUUCUGGCACCCCAGAGCACGCAAAGAAAGGAAUGAGACUUCAGAAUCUAGAAGUGAGAUCAUCUGACCUCGUGCUCCCAAAAUAUGGACAGAGUCUGCUUGAGGAUUCAAGGGCUGAAAUAAGAAAUUUGGAGACCGUGAUUGACUCCCAAAGGAAACACAUAGAGGAACUAGAACAUGCCAGAGAGAUUCUUGUGAGUCAACUGAGGAGGAAAGAAAAGGAGAUUGAAGACUCUCUCCAACGGCUGAAAGAGCAAGGCACAGCAAGCCAAAGGCUAAACAUUCAGGACAAUGUAGAAAUGAUCAAGGUCCGUAAACAGCUGGUUGAGAAAAGCAAUGCUCUUUCAGCUAUGGAAGGAAAAUUUCUCCAGCUUCAAGAGAACCUAAAGAAUUUGAGGACCAACCACGACGCUUUAUUAGCAAAAGGUGAUGAACUGAAUGCACAGCUUAAAGAGGAAAGGUUAAAGUGCUUCCAUCUUCAAAAAGAAUUGCAAUCAGUAACUAUUUCAAACAGGAGGACAGAAGAGUUACAGGAAAGAAUAAAUUAUCUAGAAAAAGAGAAUGAACUCUUGAAGGAAAACUAUGAUAAGCUGCAUAAUAGUGUCUUCAGCCUGCCCUUUGACCAGCAAUGGAAAUCAAAGGAGCAGCAACUGAAACUGCAGAUUGCUAAACUAGAGACGGCUAUCAAAUCUGAUUUAGCAGACAAAAAUGAAAUCCUUGACAAGAUUAAAGUAGAAAGAGACCAAAAGGAAAAGCUGAUGCAAGACAACAAGGACCUGCAGUUAUGCUACCUGGAACAAAAGCAGCAACUAGAUGAUCUGAAAAAUCAAGUAAAGUUUUUGACCAAGUUUCAGGAAAGUGAUGUUGAUGUGGCAGAACUCAAUGAAGCUCUCUUGCUUAUAAAGGAUCGAAAGCAGCAGAAGAAUGGGGACUCUCUGUUUUUGGAAAAACCAGAAGAUGAUAUCCAUAAAGAUUCAGAACACUCCAUGAGGGAGCUGCAAUUAACACAUGCAGAAACAGUGCAAGAACUUGAAAAGACAAGGAAUAUGUUAAUUAUGCAGCACAAAAUUAGCAAAGAUUACCAGACUGAAGUAGAAACAAUGACUAAAAAGAUGGAAAGGACACAGAAAGACUACGAGUUAAAACUGGAACAGUAUUCCCACCUUCUUGAUAUUAGAGCUGCACGUAUCAGAAAACUAGAAGCCCAACUAAGAGAUAUUGUCUAUGAUGCAAAAGCACCUAAGUCCAGACCAGAAAUAUCGCCAGGUGAUCCCAUGGAUGGAUUUGUUGAAACCAUUCAUUUAGAGAAAGGAGAGAACCUUUUUGAAAUUCAUAUCAGCAAAGUGACCUUCUCUCCUGAAGCCCUGCACGCCUUUGGUGACCAGGAACCUGCAACUUUCUGUACUUAUGCAUUCUAUGACUUUGAACUUCAGAUAAGCCCAGUAGUCCGUGGAGGUGCCCCAUCAUAUGACUUCACUUCUCAGUACCUGGUGCAGGCUGAUGACACCUUCUGUCACUACAUCCAGCAAAACAGCAUCACCCUGGAGCUUCACCGCGCCUACGGCGUCGAUUAUGAAACGGUCGCUGCCUGUCAGCUCAACUUCCAGGAAAUCUUGGAGAAAAACGGGAAGAUCUACAGCACAGCCAAUUUAGUUGGAAAAACAGGACAUGUUCAAAAUUACGGUACCAUAGAAUACUGGGUCAGGUUACAAGUUCCUAUGGAUCAAGCUAUUAUUCCUUACAAACAGACAUCCAAUUUUAGGGAACAUGAACAACCAUCCCAGAAACCAACCCCCAAACGGAGGCAGCGAGCAGCACAAGCAGACAGGAGAGUCUCUUUUCUGGACCUCAAUGCAAUACAGGGAGGAGGUGUGGUACAGGAGGUUAAACAGCCAUCAGAUGAUCAGGUGAAGGAGAUGGCUGAAGAAAUUCAACAGGGAAAAGAAGAGCUCUCACAUCUCUCUGAGCAGCAGUUACCUGACCAAACAUCAGUUCCUUCUGCAGAUGAGACAGAAGUAACUGAAGAACUGGAGCCAGAAGAUCAAGAGGAUAGACAAGAGGAUGAUGCUGUUGAAUCAAUAAAAACUGACAGUGAUGACUGUAUUAUUUCAAGUCCAGUAUCCACAAAUAUUAAACAGCUGAAUCAGAGUAUAUAUGGCAAUUUGGAAGCGGAAAAAAUCCGGAUUAAAAUCACCUCACUUGGUCUGACUGAGUCCCGAAUUACAUCAGAUGAAACAAUACAGCAGCUGUUUGUGGAAUGCAGAUUAAACAAUUUCCUUGCAGAGGAGACCCCACUGUCACUUCCAAAACCAACAGGUGGUCAGAGGAUUCACUACAACUACAGCACUGUGAUAAAUGUGGAUAAGACACAUAAUCAUGCAGAGAGAGAGUAUCUCAAGUCGAUUCUUCUGAAGCCAGAUCCACCUGCUGACAGCCUAAAAUUUACAGUGGUCAGUGAUCCCCCAGAAGACGAACAGGAUCUUGAAUGUGAGGAUAUUGGUUUUGCCUAUGUCAGUCUGAAAGAGAUAUUCCAGAAGCAAAGAGAUAUCAUUGAACAAGAUAUUGAUGUUUUCGAUUCCCAAGAUGCCAGUGCAGUGAUUGGGAAGCUCACAGUGACAGUGGAGGCUCUCCAAGCCCUGCGUUCGGUCUGUGAGGAAUGCAGGAAACAGUGGCUUCCCAGACUACUUGAUUCUCGAGACCAAAGGCAAAUGUAUUUUGUGGCACAUAGGCUGGAAGGGGGACCAAAACUGGCUAUUAAUAAUCACACACAUUAGUUAAGCACAAGUCACACAGUGACAUUUAUUCUUUGAUUCCUCAGAAAAGAACAAUAAUUAAGUGGAACUGGCCAGUGAGCUUGUUCUGUUAGUGACCCCAGAGGCUGGGGAAGAGGGACCUUGUGACUGCUGUUAGACAAACAAAGGCAUCAAAAGGAAACACCCCUGGCUUUACCAUAAAUGUGUUGCAACCGCUGCCACAGCUCAGCCUGAAGUUCUGCCUGGGCUGACAUCGUGUCUUCUGCUCUUGGAUGAAAACAGCAGAUGCUAAAAGCUGUUGUAUAAAGAAGCCUCUGGUGAAAUGAAAUGGGAACUCAGACACUAUGCAGUUGUUCUUCUCAUGUUUUCAUUCUGUCCACUCUCCUCUACAGCAGUCUCAAAGUGCCAGUUGGGGAUUGAGUUUGGAACUGAAGCUCAAGAACCAUCUACUCAGAAUUCACUGAUUAUGUUGUUUCCUGUUACUGUAUCUGACACAAGUGACAAGAGUAGCGUUUUUUACAUCCCCUGAAUCACAAAGGAUUUCAAAAUUGGUUUAUGUGACAUGACUCUCUUCCUGCUCCCUCGCUACAGUAGCAUAAAUUGGGAUACCAUUGCACAGGGCCAGGGCAAAGCCUGGGAUUUGUGUCAGUAAGUGGCAGAUAUUAAAGCACAAAUGCUUUGGGGCAGAAGCCAGAGCAGUGCUUAGGAAGUCAUGGCAAGAGAGGGAUCCCUGCUGUUGAGAAGGGUCACUCCUGGGAAGUGGAUUAAAGAGAAAUACCUGAAUGGCUGUUUUAUGAUGCAAAAGAACAAAGUGUAGAUAUUUUUCUCUCUGAUGUUCUGGACCAUUUCAGUGACAAACACCAAUGGGUUCUCAUGGCCACCCACAGGUUAAAUCAAAUGAAGUCCUAUUCCCAAACACAUCUGUGAUGCAGACAUGCAUCCCAGGAAGCACUAUGUCCCCCUGACCCAAUUCCCAUGCAGACAGA